GCGGGGCAGGGCGGGCCUGCCCAUGGCGGAGCAUCAUCCGAACGACCCGCCGGCGUCCAGGAAGAUCACCGGCGCGACGCCGUCGGGGUGCCCGGUAGUGAUGUCACGGAAAAGACGAAAAUGAGCGCCAACCUCCGCCCCGCUUGUGUUUUGCCGGGGAAGAAGGGGCGCGUAACGUUAACAAGAGCCCCGCCCGUUGAUUUGCGCCCCUGCCCCAACACAAGCAACAACCCGCGCGGUGAUUUGCCGCCAAGCACCCAGGC